GCAAUAACUCUUGUCACAGCGUAUGAUGUUACCUCGAGAAAAUGGAGAAAUUCUACACCACAUUGCGGACAUUUGAGCCGCAAUUGAUGAGUGCCCACUCUGCCGUUGAUAAAGGCAGGAAGAAUCCCUGGUGGAGUGGUUCGCAUUUUGAUUUUUGAACCAUACAAAUGUCAUAAUAUAUAUUGUAUGGCAAUGUCGUCCUCUACCUCUCACAAGCAUAGCAGGACGCCGAGAGAGCCUUCCGGUCCUUUAUGGAGUAAUUGGGAAUGGGAUAGCGAAAGAGAAAGAUGGCAAUCUUAUCGCACCAAUUCUAGGGGUAAGACUGAGUGGAAAUUUAAGAACGUAUUUCCUUCGAGCACAUCGGCUGUUGCACAUAUCCCGAGGCUAGAGGGUGCUUCAUCACUGGAUACAGUCUCUGAAGACACAGCUCAAUAUUCGAAUGACCAAAACUAUACUACAAGCAAUAAUAAUAUCGGAGCAGUGACCGAGUCACUGGCCGCUACGAGUUUGGAUCCAAGACCCAAUCCGGAUCCACCCAUUGUAGCUAAGCUUCAGCGAAACAACACUUCGACCCAGUACAAUAAUUUUGAUCCUAAUUACAAGGUGCACAGUGCUCGGGAAUUCAAAUUUGGCAAGGUCUUCAAAGUUCUUUGGUCUGAACCAUCCGGAAGCACAGCUGGCGGCGGCGGCGGAACAGUUUGGUCGCAAAGAGAGGUGCAUGGCGAAAUGAUAUAUGCCAAAGUUCGUAGGUUUGUUAUAAUACACCCUAAACAAGGUCAUUGUCUUUGUUUACCUAUCAUGUCUUACGAGGGAAGGGCGACAAGUAAAUCUGGCGUACAUCCUGAAGAGCAUGCGAUAAUCUACACGACCCCUGAGCCAAGAUUGAUCGACAAUGAAGAUGGGAACAAGAUGAAAUUUGAUCCGGUCAAGAUGAUACCGUACUCCCGUCGGCACAUACUCGAUACAGCAUCAAGAAUAAACUAUGCUAAGAUAUAUACCGUGGAAUACAAUGUUAAAGUGUGGUUUAUUGGUCAAGUCGAUCAAGCUUGUGAACACACAGUGAAGAAAUCUUACAACGAUGCCAACCAGCCAUUGCCUCUAUCAUCUCAACCAUCCGUUCCUACCGCCUACUCGAUGAACAAUCCUACUUAUGAUAAUUCCUCUUAUGCUAUGCCGGGCCCUUCUUCAAACCUAGCUGGCUAUCCUUCCACUGCAUCUUACUCCUCGACACUCGGCUAUGGUAAUCAAAUGUUUACGCCAACACCAGGCUAUGGAGCGGCAUCUGCUAAUUCGAAUAUUUACGGCUCAUCACAAUACUCCGCUCCAAAUUGCGCUCAGCCAUUGUAUUCCCAGCCGCAAUACCCUCCGCAGUAUGCAUCACCAUACCCACCGCAAUAUCCUCCUCCGCAAUAUCCUCCUUCGCAAUACCCUCCAUCGCAGCACCAGCCCUACUCGUCCAGCACAAGCCAAGGAUAUAAUUACGAGUCCCGUAAUACACAUGAACCAGGCAGCGGUGACGGCCAACAAUAGCUAAUCAGUAACCUGCAAUUCACGGGUACCAUACGUUUAGGGGUUCGCUCGUUUACCCUCAUUGCCAUUUCUACCCGACCGGGAUUCAGAGAUACGCACCGUCUUUGGAACAUCGCACUUCUAUGUUUUUUCGGUUAUCCUUUUCAUGAGUUCUUUAUUUUGAUGUUUUACGAUAUGAAUUUGAAUUCGGAAUAUGGGCAUAUUCUUUCUUUUCAUGAUCCACGAAGUCACGAAUGAUAUCCGAUUUUCUCAAGUAAGGACUCGAAUGCUUUAAUCCCAUUUCUUCUUCUUUUCUAUAUUUUUCAACUUCCGUUGGAUUACAAAUCACUCCACUCUCACUAUGCUAUCUCGAAUGGGAAAUACACAUUCUCAUUCUCAUCUGCCGGUUUCAGAUUUCACGUAUUCACGCGUUUCUUUUGGCUGGGAUCUGAUUUUGAAUAUCCAUAACGACGUCACGAACUAUUAUUUUCACUCUGUCUAUCUUCUUCUUUGUCUCUGUAAGCGAGCGAUUUCCUGCAGUUACUUGUUCAUACUUUGAGUCUCUAUAUCAAAUUGUCCAUAGCUAUU